UCCUCUCAAUUGGAGAGAAAACAACACAACAGUAACACAGUAUUCUCCAUCUUCCCAUUCAACAAUUUUCAUCUUUCAUAAUUCAUUCAAUUCUUGAUCCCUAUUGCCAGCAAUGUCUUCUAUCUCUUUCUCCACUCCUUCUUCUUCUUAUUACCCAUUUCCUAAGAUUCAUUACCCUCCAUACAUUACCAUACCCACCCGAAUUUCGUGCGUGUCGAACCCGACCCGUAUAAAUAGGAAGCAAACCACCGACCAAUCCGAAACUCAAGAGCUGGUUCGUUUGCUCACUCGGAAGAUAAGCGACAAAGAGCCAUUACUGAAAACAUUGAACAAAUAUGUGAAGCUUGUCAGAACCGAACAUUGUUUCUUGCUCUUUGAAGAACUUGGCAAACAUGAUAAAUGGCUUCAAUGCCUUGAGGUUUUCAGAUGGAUGCAGAGACAACGAUGGUAUAUUGCGGAUAAUGGGGUUUACUCAAAACUCAUAUCAGUUAUGGGAAAGAAAGGGCAAAUCAGGCUGGCUAUGUGGCUUUUCUCAGAGAUGCGGAACACUGGCUGUCGCCCGGAUACUUCUGUGUAUAAUUCACUUAUCUCUGCCCACCUUCAUUCGCGAGACAAGUCAAAGGCUUUGGUCAAAGCUCUUGGAUACUUUGAGAAGAUGAAAACAACUGAACGGUGCAAGCCAAACAUCGUUACGUACAAUAUUCUUCUGAGAGCUUUUGCUCAGGCUCGAGAUGUGAAUCAAGUGAACUAUCUGUUCAAAGAUCUCGAUGAGAGUUCUGUUUCACCGGACAUUUACACUUUCAAUGGUGUCAUGGAUGGAUAUGGAAAAAAUGGGAUGAUCCGAGAAAUGGAAUCGGUGCUUGUUCGAAUGAAGAGUAAUCAGGUUAAGCUUGACUUGAUUACCUACAAUUUGCUCAUUGAUUCAUAUGGGAAAAAGCAGCAAUUUGAUAAGAUGGAACAAGUAUUUAAAAGUUUAUCACGCUCCAAGGAAAAACCAACACUGCCUACAUUCAACUCAAUGAUUUUGAACUAUGGGAAGGCGCGGCUAAAGGAUAAAGCAGAAAAUGUUUUCCAAAAUAUGACUGACAUGGGUUAUACACCGAGUUUUGUUACGCACGAGAGUCUCAUCCAUAUGUACGGCUUAUGCGGUUGUGUCUCUAACGCUGUAGAAUUGUUCGAUCAACUGAUUGAGUCAAAAGUUCCAAUAAAAGUUUCAACUCUAAAUGCUAUGCUUGACGUUUACUGCAUAAAUGGUUUGCAACAAGAAGCAGAUUCACUGUUUACAAGGGCAAAAAGCAUAAAAAUAUUUCCGGAUGCAACAACAUAUAAACUUCUUUAUAAGGCAUACACUAAAGCAAAUUCCAAGGAGCUAUUAGAUAAAUUACUAAAGCAAAUGGAUAAAGAUAGUGUUAUCCCUAAUAAGAGGUUCUUCUUGGAUGCUUUGGGUGCUAUUGGAUCUUCAACGGAAAAGUCAGGAUCUGCAAAUGCUGGAACUGGUUCAAGUAGACCGCAAAAGUUUGUAAAAACUCAACUGGAAACAUAGUUGGCAAUUCGCACCAAGAAUUUAUUGGUGUAACCAUAACUUUCAUACAAGCUGCUCAGUUCACUUGUGAGGUGGUAUGCUAGCUAUAUCACUUUGCCAUAAUCUCUCUUCAGUCCUCACUCUAUUUUACAUUGCACGGAUUCCUCUGAAGAAUGGGUUCUCGUUUGGUCCUUAUGUGACAUCAUGUUUUCUUUUUUAAAUUAUAGGUGUAAGGUAUUUUCUGCACAAUAUCCCUUGUCUUUGGGGUUACUAUGGUCUAUGAAGAGAAUGCUUCAGACCUAACAUCUGCCAAACUAAUUAGUUGAUAACCAAGCCAAAAGAGUGGACUAGCUGCCGAAGGGAUAAUGAGGUAAAUAUGUGACUUAUAAAUGAAGUCUUUAUCAAUGACUAUGUUGAUUAUUCAGGGGCAAUUAUCAUACUGCUGCAAUAUGAAAAGGCUAACUUGAAAUGUUUUAUGGACGAUACUGAAAUCGAUGAAUUAAUAAUGUAAUAUAAUACAAUUUCUGGAAAUAUUAGUUGUGUUAGCUCUAAGAUAUUUGCAUGAUUGGACUUCUCGAAUAUGUAAGUAUUGUUUUCGAAAAUACACCCCGACUUGGGUGUUGGCGCGUCAAGCUCAAUGACGUAAAAGAAAGCGCUUGGUGGGAGGUAACUCAUCCUUUUCUUAUUUCUUUUUGUUUUCAGUAUUUAUUUCUAUUGUUGAGUCAAACAAUUUGUCUUUAAUUUUCAUUUUGGUUUAACUCAGUUGUAUCCCCCUAUGAUGUAAUUGUUCUUGCACUUGUUUAUUUUUGAUGAAUUUGCUUGUUUAUUGACUUUUUUCAGUUUAGUAACAAACGUUUGUUCAAGUGGUAUUCCAAAAGUUCAAAAGGAAGAGUGACUUGUGAUUCAAAGGCGAAGUGUACGGCAGUUAAAAAUAGGUAGUCACAACUCCACAAAAUCUAAACUGUAAGGUUCAUGGCCAAAUUUUAUUUUUCCAAUUUACUUAUAUAGAGUGUUCCAUGCUUUUACAUUUCUAGAACUUGCAUUGUUUCUCUACUAUCAAUUGAUCUUUGUCAUUAGCACACUGAGGCAAACGUGUUUGGUCCUGUGAGCCUUUUUGAAGCCUACCAUGUUUAUAUUUGAAUUAUUAUCCUUUUCUUAGUCAAAUUGAGCCGGUAGGUUUAGAUCUUUUUGUUCGGUGACAAACUACAUUACAAGUUUAGAGACUUUUAGGAUUUAUCCCUUAUUGUUUUCUGAGUUAGACAUUGUAGAAUGUUGCUAAAUCUUAAGUUUGGGGUUGCUAUUGGAAUUUGCAACCAAUUAAGUUUGGGGUGGGGUACUAGAGAAUAGAGAACAAGAAAAAGAACAUUAUCAUGAACAAAUAUGCCAAAGUGGUGUAUUAAAAAAAAAAAAAUAGAAUGAAAAAGGGACAAAACAUUGAAAAUCCGAGUAACUUAAAACUCGAUUGUCCCAAUUGUUAUGAAAAAUCUCUAGUACCUUUACGAGAAUUGUUGUUCCAAAAGGUGAAUGAAUGAUGGUGUGAUUUUGUGCUUUAAUUUCCGUAGGAAUGCCUAACUCAAAUUUUGUGUAGCCUACUUAUCCAAAUAUUAUCCCACCUUCACCUAAGCCCCGUUAUAACCCUGAAAGACAUCAAAGUGUGCAUUGACAUUGAUUUUGAUUGACGUUUAGAAACUUUUCAAGCGUAUGGUAAUAUGUAGAUUGCAUGUCGACUGUGUGUGAACCUUUCAUUUUGUUGCAUGGAGUUGUGAAUUUUUCGGUGGAUACAAACAAGUCAAACUAGCUCAUCUUUAACUAGUAGGGAGUUGAACUUUUGGGUAUUAUCGCUUGAUCAUGUAAUUGUUAUUUUACUAUCAAUUGUCAAUGUUGCAAAAAAAUUUCUUGAUAACAAGGAAUGGUUCAAGUUUGGGGUUGUGAUGACA